AAUACAAAGCGUCAACAGAGGAAAGCAUGCAUGUUGGGGCAUGUCAGGAGCGCUAUUACACGAGGACAAAUCGCACGACUGCUGGGCAACAGAGGAAAUCAAACACAGAAAAACACAUGAACAGAGUGAAAAGACACUCACCAUCCUCGGACAUGUACACUACAUUCCCUCAUUGUAAAUCCGCUCGUCACAAAAUCCACCGGCAUCAUCAAACACCAUUCACCAGUGACGAACCACACAUCCGCACCCCACCAGGCACAGAGGGAACCCCACCGAACCUACGCUCUUCCACUAACGGCCAACGCAGUUGCUAGGAACAGAAUUAAUGUGUCCACACCCGUCAGUGUCCAAGAGAGAAGUGAAUCCUUGCACCCCCUGCAGGCUUUCCUCAUUGGUCGUGACAUCAUCCUAUUGUCUCAGGGCUACACUGUUUUUUUCCACUAAUGCUCCUCUGGACAAGGUCCACCUGAAACAAUAGAGUUGCGGUAUGACGUCAUCAUGCAGCUGCAUGGCUCAAGGACGCAUACGCUCUAGACAGGGGACCUGCUAUUUAUUGAAUCACUAUCCCAAGAUUAUUUCCUUUAUUCUACUAUAACGAUUGCAUAGGAAACUAUUGCAGAAAAACACGAUGCAUGAAAGCUGAUUGUAGGAAUUAAGCAUUUCAUUUCCAAAGUCUUACUAAAUUAGACUUACGAAUGCCCCGGCGUCGGGAACUUGGCGCCCCCAUCGCCCGGCAGCAGCCGCAGUAGCCCCCUCCUGCACCAACGGUUGGGUCGCCGCAGGAGGGAGACCCCCACGUAUAGCUGUGCGUGGCUUUCCCGUGUCUGGGGAAAGGGGGAUCCUGGCGGUUGAGUGGACCCGGAGGUUGUUUAGGACCCUUCGGGGCCCCUCCGGGAAAGCAACACACCGCUUUGGCCCCUGCUUCCCAUAGUCGGGUGGUCCUGGAAGACCCGGCCAGGAUUAUUCAGCUAGUCGCCAUCUCCCCCUUCAUUACUUUUUCUUUCUCCACUCCUUCACUAUCUUCCUUUUCCUCCCUUCACCUUCUUUGGCGGCAAGGGUCAACCUUGGGCAGUCCUUUCACUCUCCAGAAGCUGCACUAGGGUAUAGUGCAGAGGCAGGCGUUAGCGUGUGGGACACGUUCCCUUGUUGGGCUCCAUGGUGGGCGACGCACCACUGCACUGAACCACAACAUUUCUUUUAUGGCUUCUUCAAACUCAAAAAAACAUGAUCGGUACCGAAAGCGGCACCGCACCGAUGCACUAACUACACAAUCACUGGACCUCACACCAGAACCAUGGUUUGCAAAGGUCCUGAUCAUCCAUGGAGAAGAUGAGUCUAAGCCCCUGAGCAAAGUAUCACCAUUUGCGAUCGCGAAGGAACUGGAAAAAGCCAUUGGGAAGUCGUAUUCUGCGAAAAAGCUGACUACAGGAGACUUGCAGAUCGAAGUCCAGACACGACAGCAAAGCUCAACUCUGUUUUCCCUAAACAGAAUUGCUGGCAUACCUGUUACAGUUUCGAGGCAUCGUACGCUGAACAUCGUGAAGGGCGUGAUAUCGGAACAUGAACUUCUCGAUUGUUCAGAUGCAGAGAUCGAAGAAGGUCUAAAGGACGAAGGUGUUGUGACAGCGCGGCGAAUAACCAUGCGUCGAGACGGUAAGGAGAUUGCCACUAAACACAUUGUCCUUUCCUUUCAAUUACAUAAGCUUCCCACUACCAUUAAAGCAGGGUACAUAAACUGUCACGUCCGGCCAUAUAUCCCCAAUCCGCGGAGGUGCUUUAAGUGCCAACGUUUCGGCCACGGGUCGCAGGUCUGUCGUGGACAGGCUACUUGUCCGAAAUGCGCUGGCACGGAUCACGCUGCAGAAUCCUGUGAGAAGGAUGUCAGGUGUGCAAACUGUAAAGGUAAUCAUCCUGUCUACUCUCGCGCCUGUCCACGGUGGAAGGAAGAGAAGGACAUACUAAAAGUCAAAGUGACACAAAAUCUUUCAUACCGAGAUGCAAAAGCGCAGGUUGAGUUUUCGAGAAAGGGAACCUUCUCCGAAGUGGUGCGCAGGGGAGUAGCACCACUGAGGAAAUCUGUAGAGACCCAGACUUCUGGGCCUCUACCCCAUACUCCCCAACAAGAAGGAAAGGACACCGAGGUGUCUCUUCCUGUCUCUGGAUUUCCUCCGGAGACAGCCACAACUUCUACUGAAGUUGAUGGCACAGCCUCCAUCUGGGAUGGGGCCACACCAGGCCAAUCCCAGGCCACAUUGCAAGACAUGGACAUGGACGACGACGACUGCUUAUCGCAGAAGUCGUCGUCUAGUCUCCCAGGUGUACUCUCUCAGGGGAAAGAAAAGAGAGAGAGGACAUCUAGCCGAGGUAGGGGCAGCAGACCAAAAACUACACAGAAAGUGCUUCCACCAAGGAUAACUCCUCCCUAAAUAACAUUCAUGUCCAAACAGUCCACGGGAUUCUGUAUUAGCGACCACAUGUUAAGGAUUUUGCUGCUUCUCUCUCCCAUCCUUUUUAUGGGUGCACAGGUUAUAAUCCAAUGGAAUUGUCGAGGUCUUUUUUCAAACUUGGACGACGUUCAUGACCUGUUUGAGGAGAACAGUGCAAUGUGUUUCUGUUUACAGGAAACGUACCUAACUUCGGAAAAUUUAAAUCCUUUUCGUAAGUACACUAUUUUCCGCAAGGACCGUGCGCACACAGCACGUGCAUCUGGUGGUGUGGCUGUUGUCGUACCACUCUCUGUCCCUGUAAGGAACAUUCCACUGGUAACAGACCUUGAGGCUGUAGCCGUACAAAUUUGCUUAGACCAGAUCAUUACAGUCUGCUCUUUGUACUUGCCUCCCUCAGCUAUGGUACGUCAGAGGGACUUUGAGCAGCUUUGCGACCAGCUGCCUCAACCAUUUAUGAUUUUGGGAGAUUUUAAUGCCCACAAUUCUUUGUGGGGCAGUGCAAAAACUGACAACCGUGGUAAGAUGUUGGAAAGAAUACUCUUUUCCCGGUCAAUUUGUUUGUUAAAUAGAGGGUUGCCGACCUACAUGAACUCUGCAACCCAGUCACUCUCUGCAAUUGACAUCUCAUUAUGCAGUCCCACUCUUUACCCCUUUGUUGACUGGAAAGUCGACCAAAACCCUCGAGGUAGUGAUCACUUUCCGGUUAUCCUUAAAUUCUCUGGUACCAGUAAUAAAAGAGCACGGCCACCCCGGUGGAAGCUAUCUGAAGCAGACUGGGAGUUAUUUACCAAAGAGGCAGAACUUGCACCUUCAUCUUUUGAUCGUCUCUGUGUGGAGGAGGCCAACAAGGUGAUCACAGACAAAAUUAUUCAUGCUGCUACACUAUCCAUCCCACAAACAAAAGGGAAUCUCCCCAGGCGUCCUAAACCCUGGUGGACGAGUGAAUGUGAGAAAACACGCAGGGAGCAGAACCGAGCGUGGGGGAUAUUUCGAAGAUACCCCACAAGUGCUAAUCUGCUUGCAUUUAAAAAAGCUCGUGCUAAAGCCCGAUGGACGCGACGCCGAGCCAAGAAGGAGUCGUGGAAAAGAUUUGUAUCCUCUCUAAACUCUAACACCCCUUCAAAAGCACUGUGGGAUAGACUAAGAAAAAUUAAGGGCGACUACGCCAGCUUUUCCGUACCUCUACUACAGGUUAAUGGCACAGUUUGUAAGAGCAUAGAUGAACAGGCAAAUGCUCUUGGUGAGCACUUCUCAAACGUUUCGAGCUCAUCACAUUACACACCUGACUUCUUAAGGUUCAAGGAGCGUGCGGAAAAACAAACACUCUCAAGCGCAUCAGGUGACAGAUGUGGCUACAAUAAGCCAUUUACAAAACCAGAACUUCUUCAAGCCUUGUUUUCUCGUAAAGCCACGGCACCUGGACCAGACAACAUCACUUAUUCUAUGCUCAGCCAUCUGUCAGACACCUCCCUUGACAGUCUUUUGGACUUCUUUAAUCUGGUCUGGAAAGAAGGCAUGCUACCUUCUAGCUGGAAAUUGGCAACAGUCAUCCCUCUCUUGAAGCCAGGAAAAGAUAAAUCUGAUCCAUCAAGCUACAGGCCGAUUGCUCUCACCAGCUGUCUCGGAAAAACCUUCGAGCGCAUGGUGAACAGUCGACUUGUGUACUACCUGGAACAAAACCAGUGUCUGGACCGUUUUCAGUGCGGCUUUAGAGCUGCACACUCAACAACUGAUCAUCUUCUGCGCCUAGAAAGUAUAAUAAGGGAAGCUUUCAUCAGGAAACAGCACUGUGUUUCUGUCUUUUUUGAUUUGGAAAAGGCCUAUGACACAGCGUGGCGUUAUGGUAUUCUCAGGGACCUCCACUCUCUGGGAGUGCGUGGUCGCCUGUUUCGCUGUGUCAGAGACUUCCUCCAGAGUCGACUGUUUAGAAUUCAGUUGGGCACUACUUUAUCGAGGCCUUUCGUACAGGAGAAUGGUGUCCCGCAAGGCGCCGUUCUCAGUGUCACCCUUUUUGUAAUAAAAAUGAAUUCACUGGCCAGUGUUAUACCCCCAUCCGUCUCGUAUUCUUUGUAUGUAGACGAUCUGCAAAUAUGUGUUUCGUCUUCUAACCUUGCUGUGUGCGAAAGACAGCUCCAGCUGACUAUCAACAGGCUAACCAAAUGGUCAUCUGAAAACGGGUUCAGGUUCUCACCCACCAAGACUGUUUGCGUACCGUUUUCCAGAACAAGAGGCCUUUUUCCGGAUCCAUCACUCCAAAUGAAAGAACAUGCAGCAAAA